AUGGUCUCCCUACCGCAACGGAUGCGAAAGCUGCAAACGAAACUGCUCGCCAUACGACUCGGAUCCGGUGCCCUCGUGCUGCCCAAGGAAGUUAAGCGGAUACACAUGCGCUUUGCGCCUCAAAUCAACGGCGGGCAUAUGGGGCCUAGGAAAUUCUGGCGCCACGAACUCGUCCGCCUGAAAUACCACAACCCGGCCGUCCCCAUGACCAUAGAUCGCAGCAUCUUCCAGGACGAUCCCGCCGUGAUGUCCGUUCACUUCGGUGAAGCAGGCUCCGCUCCUACUUUGUCAUCACAGCCCUCGGUGGACGAGCGGGUAGAAAGGAUCAACAUGACGAACUACACAAAUUCUGAGAUUCUGGAUGCUUUAGUACGAUUGACGAAGGCGCAGCCUGUGGAACCCACGGCCGAGGAGCAUGAAGAGUUGGCGAAGCUGGAAGAGCAGAGGAGGAAGAGUGAGAGGAAUAGUAAGCUGAGUCAGGAGGUGAGGGCGAAAGUGAAGAGGGAGAAAGAGCUUUUGGAGCAGGCUCGGGGUGACCUCGCAGCGCAGGCCGCGUGA